AUGAUCUGUGCCGCAUUGCUAUGGAAUGCGGGGAAAGUGUCGGAAGCGGACGGGAGCAAGGGGGAAGCGCGGCUGAAGCAGGCCUUGUUCGAGGAGUAUCCGAAGAUCCGACCCGUCGCGGACUCGCGGGAUCCCCUCGUCGUCUCCUUCAGCCUGGGCCUCUUCCGCGUCCUUCAGCUGGAUGUGAGGGGUCAGACGCUCGGCACCCUCGUCGAGGUGGUCGAGCGAUGGAACGACACCUACCUGCGAUGGAACCCCGAGGAUCAUUCAGGAAUUAAUCGGAUCGCAAUCCCAUACGAUGCCGCUUGGAUUCCUGAUAUCAUCCUCUACAACAGCGCAUCGGAGGAAUACUCUGAGGGACUCCUGUCGACGUCCCUCGUCCUGGAUCACACCGGGGAGGUGAUGCUGGAGAUCGCGGCUAACUUCCGUUCCUCCUGCAACGUGGAGGCCAAGAGCUUCCCCUUCGACAGGCAGACGUGCACCAUGCUCUUCAUGUCCUGGACGCAGGAGUCCGACAAGAUCCAGAUGAAACUGGUGGGCGACUUCGACCGAGAGCUGCAAUCGUACAUGGAAAGCUCAGAAUUCCAGCUGGAAUCGUACACCGCCGUGCAGAAGCCCCACGUGGACCCGUGCUGCGUUCAUCCCUUCUCGGCCGUGGAGUAUUCCAUCACCAUCUCCAGGAAGGCGACGUUCUUUCUCGUCAUCAACUACAUCCUUCCCGUGGUCGUCAUCGAUGUCAUCGCCCUGUUGUCGUUCCUGGUGCCAUGCGAGAGCGGGGAGAAGGUGACCCUGGGGAUCACCACCAUGCUCACCAUGAUCAUCUUCCUCACGAGCAGCCACGACCUCCUCCCGCCUACCGAGCACAUCCCCGUCAUAGGGAAGUUCUACUGUGCCUGCAUCUGCCUUGUCGGACUGGAGGUGGCCUUGAGCAUGUGGAUUCUUCACGUUUUUCACCUGAAGGGCGUCCAUUUUCCACAGUGGACGCAGAGAUUGUGUUUGAUUCUGGCAAAGUUGCCCUUCAUGAGACAGCCGAAGUUCAACGAGGUCAGAGGUGAGAAGGGGAAGGAAAAGGAAUUGGACGAGGACAAAGGGAUUUGGGUUCAGCGAUCCCGCAGGACAAAUGGGCAUCAGAACCCGACACUCUCCACCACGGACGGCCAGGGGCAGUGGGCAUGGGGGCGGGAGAAGGAGACGUGGAUGGCACGAGGGCGAGCGGAGUUCGAGGUAGACCUGGAGAACUGGAGGAUGGCCUCGAGGAUCCUGGAUCGAUUCUUUCUUUACCUUUUCUUUCUUCUUAACGUCGCGAUCCCGAUCGGAAUCAUAAUGUCAUCCCAGUGA